AAACUCGAUGUUCCCUCAAUUAUUUCGUUUAUAAUUACCUAAAACACGUACGUAGCAAUAGUUAUAUAUCAUAAAUAUAUAAUAUAGAUGCUGUACUGAUGCAAAGAUCUUCCGCAUUAAUUCUGAUUAGCGUCACAUUGCAAUAAGAAUAUUUUAGCGUAUGCAGAAUUACAUUGGCAUGAUUCCCAAUUAUAUUUAAAGGCCCUUCGAUUGGUCAACAUUAAUGCAUUGCAAAUAGGAACAUUGGCAACAGCUGAUACGAAUCAUAAAAGUCGACUUGAACUUUGUCUACAAGGCGGACGUAUUGCUUAUUAAUUUUUAUUAAGUUUUAAAUUAAUAAUGGCGCCAAUCAAAAUAACAGAAAAGAAGUGGAAUAAACCUCCAACUGCAAUUUAUGAAAAUAAUUACGGAUAUGGAAUCAAUUUCUAUCAACCAAUGAUCGAUUACAUAGACGCCAAAGAACGAGGCGAAACUGUAAAACCACCUCAUCUGCCGUGGAAUAAUGAGAGAGGUUUGGAGAAAUACAGAUUUAAUGAACCAAUCAAAUCGUAUUCGGAGCAAGAUUUAAAAAAAAUGUCUCGUGAAAUUUCUGCUCAAGCAAAAAAGGACCGUAGUUAUUUAAGUGUUGGUGCUAGAUCACCUUUUUCGGUGAUUGCGACGGCAGCUGCUACAAAUUUAACAAAACAUAUUGAAACUGAGAGUGUCUCAAUAAAAUCAAGAAAAAAGAAAGUGGAGAAGGACUAUUUAAAAUCAGAAAAACAAAAUAAAAUGUAUAAAGAAGUGGAACGGGAACUGGCAAGGCUUGGAGCAAAUGUAGAAUUAGAAGCUGAACUCAAGUCCAAUUCCAAACUUUAUCGGGGUAAAUCCGCUAGGGCAAUAGCUCAAACUUUACUUGAUCAAAGUAGGCUCAGUACUAACAAAGGCAAAGUUCAAAUGAAAAACAUUCAUAAUGAUGAAACUAUUAAGUACAUCGAUCAAAACAAAACAUCCAAAUACGGCGAUGACAAAACUGCGACGGAUUAUAAAAUUACAUCAAUUAAAACAAUAAAUGACUCAUCGCCAAAAAUUUGCGUCGUACAAAUCGAAACAGAGAUCCCUCCCAUCAACAAUGAUUACAUCGAGAAAAUUAACGAAUUGAAAGAAACUAUAAAACUAUUUGACAAAAUCGAUACAACUAUUUUAAUUAAUAGAAGGUACAAUAAGAUCUAAGUAAUCUUAAAAUUGGGAGUACUAGAAACAUAUUAUUAAUAUUAU